ACUCAGGGACACGCUCGCCCGUACACAAAGAGAGAGAGAGAGAGAGAGAGAGAGAGAGAGAGAGAGAGAGAGAGAGAGAGAGAGAGAAGGAAGGAAGGAAGGAAGGAGCAAGAAGAUGGUGCCGUUGUACGCGUGGGUUCGGGAGCGAUGCCGGCGAUCAUCGAGACGAGCUUCUUGUUCUUCGGCUCCGCCAGAAUCACCACUUCCUCCUCGAGUAUGGCGGUUUACUUGGCAUGCUUUGUUCGGAGUGAGCAUCUUCUUCUUCAUCAUCAGCUUGGGAAUCAACAAAUGUGUCCAUCACAAACCGAAGAAGCAUUGCUCGCUGCCAUGGUUGGGCGUCUUCUCCUUCGAGCCCCUUGGGGACAAUCCUCUUCUUGGUCCAUCUGGCCGCAGCCUGUCCCGCGUUGGCGCCUUGGAUCCCCGUCAUAACUCCAAGACUCACCAAGAGUUCCGUGUUUUUACCUGCUUGUACCUUCACUCCGGCGUCCUUCACCUUUGGGUCAAUUUCCUUGUCGUGAUGUUCAUCGCUCCCCGCCUUGAGCACGAGUUCGGUACGGCGCGCAUGAUGGCCAUCUACUUUGGCUCGGGCGUCGGCGGAGCUCUUUGGUCAGCGUUGCUUCUUGUCCCCGACAAUGUGUCCGUUGGCGCCUCGUUUCCGACUUGCGGCCUCAUUGCCAUGACUCUCGUGGACAUCCUGUACAACAAAGAACUGUACGUCAACAAGAUUGCCGCCGCGGCCUCGCUUCUGCUUGCGGGGGUAGUAAUGAUAUGCGUGGGACUUGUGCCUUUCGUCGAUAACUGGGGCCAUCUGGGGGGAUUCGUCACAGGCUUCAUUUUGUCGCUGCUCAUUCUCUAUCCUGUGAAGCCCCAGUCUCACCUCGACGUGGAGGAUGGGUGCGCCUGCAAGAAACGCAUGGACUGGGGCAUUCGCCGCAAGCUGGAGCCGUACAUGUACUACAUCUGGAUCGUCUCCGUGAUGUUGAUCACAUUAGGGUUUCUUAUGGCUUUCAUCGCUCUUUUCUCGGCCGCUGACCAGAUGAAGGACUGCACUUGGUGCCACAAAAUGAAUUGCUCUCCCAGCUCCCUGUGGACUUGUCCGACUCAGAAAAUCUACACCGAGCCAGCUCGGCAUCUUGUCUGCAAGGUCACUAAAGAUUUGAACAACAUGGGUACUGUGACAUGCAAGAGCGGCAAGACCGUGGACAUCGGCGACAUUACCAAAAUGUCGGCAGACGAUCUGAAGACCCUGUGCAGGAGGUGCUGCGGUGGGCAUUCUGACAGGUAGAGAGUUGACAUUAGUUCAGUUCAGUUCAGUUCAGCUCAGCUCAG